CAAAACGUAUCCAAAUACGUCACUUCCGCCUUACCCCUCCUUUACUUCCUGCAUGUGCCGACAACAUGGCAGCGCCCAUAAACAUUCACUUGGAGUUUGGUGGUGGAGCAGAGCUUCUGUUUGAUGGUGUGAAGAAACAUCAUGUGACUCUACCCAUCCAAUCAGAACCCUGGGAUGUGAAGCACCUGCUGGUCUGGAUCCAACGGAACCUCCUGAAGGAACGGCCGGAGCCUCUUGUCCAGGGUGACUCUGUGAGACCUGGGAUUCUGGUGCUUAUCAAUGAUGCAGACUGGGAGCUAAUGGGGGAGCUGGAUUACCAGCUACAAGACCAAGACAACGUGGUAUUUAUUUCUACCCUUCAUGGAGGAUAAAAUGAAUUGAGGAAAACAAACAUCUCUGUAAAGCCUUUCUCUUCACAUCCUCUUCCUCUUUAUCCCCCCACAUCUCAACAAUGAGUCACCCUAUUGGACACUGCCUGCACCGUGACAUCUGCGGUGAUUGAUGUUGGUCCACAGGAAUGAGUGGAAAUUCAGAGAUGGUUACCAAGAAAAAUGGGAAAACGAAGAGACAGGAAUUCUGUGGACUUUUGUGAAUAUACUGACAUUUUUUAUGUAAAUGAUAGUGGACAUGUUUAAAAGGCAAACACGCAAAGCUCUGGUUGUACUGGUCACCUCACAGGUGUGUGUGUGUGUGUGUUAAUACCCACAUUUGGUGUGUAAACCUUAAUCUUAAUCUUAAUCUUCUGCAUUUGCUAUUCCACCAUGACUGGUGAGGUGAAUAUAACCUUAUCUGAGGACCUACCUUAGAUCAUAAAAAUAAUUGAUAAAAAGUUGACACCCUUCAUAGUUAGCUUUUUAUACAAACAAAUUGUUGAAAACACACUCUUUCAUGGUUAUAAGCAGUAAUACGGACAUUAUACGUCAUAAGUGUUGUAUUUUUCAAAUAUAACACCUUCCCCUUUAGAGACAUAUUUUUAAGGAUUACUACUGGGAUGAAGUCUUUCAUUAUCAAUUCAUUAUCCAGCAGACAGUUGUGGCUGCUUCACGUGUACAUUGAAGUUAACCACUAAUUAAAGAACUAAUAAUCUGUG